CAAAAACACCCAAGUGUCACAGCGUCCACCCCGAGAAUGUGCCUGGCUCAGCCUCAGGCUCAGAGCCCUCUGCAUGUGGCAGUCCAAGAAUUUGGGGCAGGUCACACCACCUCUCUUCCUGUCACCAGCACUUCCUCAGCAUCCACAGGUCACACCACCUCUCCUCCUGUCACUGACACAUCCUCAGCAUCCACAGGUCACACCACCUCUCCUCCUCUCACCAGCGCUUCCUCAGCAUCCACAGGUCACACCACCCCUCUUCCUGUCACUGACGCUUCCUCAGCAUCCACAGGUCACACCACCUCUCCUCCUGUCACCAGCACUUCCUCAACAUCCACAGGUCACACCACCCCUCUUCCUGUCACUGACGCUUCCUCAGCAUCCACAGGUCACCCCACCCCUCUUCCUGUCACCAGCACUUCCUCAGCAUCCACAGGUCACACCACCCCUCUUCCUGUCACCAGCACUUCCUCAGCAUCCACAGGUCACACCACCUCUCUUCCUGUCACCAGCGCUUCCUCAACAUCCACAGGUCACCCCACCCCUCUUCCUGUCACCAGCGCUUCCUCAACAUCCACAGGUCACACCACCCCUCUUCCUGUCACCAGCACUUCCUCAGCAUCCACAGGUCACCCCACCCCUCUUCCUGUCACCAGCGCUUCCUCAGCAUCCACUGGUCACACCACCCCUCUUCCUGUCACCAGCGCUACCUCAGCAUCCACUGGUCACACCACCCCUCUUCCUGUCACCAGCGCUUCCUCAGCAUCCACAGGUGACACCACCUCUCUUCCUGUCACCAGCGCUACCUCAGCAUCCACUGGUCACACCACCUCUCUUCCUGUCACCAGCGCUUCCUCAGCAUCCACAGGUCACACCACACCUCUUGCUGUCUCUGACGCUUCUUCAGCAUCUACAGGUCAUGCCACCCCUCUUCCUGUCACCAGCGCUUCCUCUGCAUCCACAGGUCACACCCCCCCUCUUCCUGUCACCAGCGCUUCCUCUGCAUCCACAGGUGACACCACCCCUCUUCCUGUCACCAGCACUUCCUCAGCAUCCACAGGUCACGCCACCUCUCUUCCUGUCACUGACACGUCCUCAGCAUCCACAGGUCACACCACCCCUCUUCCUGUCACUGACACUUCCUCAGCAUCCACGGGUCACACCACCCCUCUUCCUGUCACUGACACGCCUUCAGCAUCCACAGGUCACACCACCUCUCUUCCUGUCACCAGCGCUUCCUCAACAUCCACAGGUCACACCACCCCUCUUCCUGUCACUGACACUUCCUCAGCAUCCACAGGUCACACCACCCCUCUUCCUGUCACCAGCGCUUCCUCGGCAUCCAUAGGUCACACCACCGCUCUUCCUGUCACUGACACGUCCUCAGCAUCCACAGGUCACACCCCCCCUCUUCCUGUCACUGACACGUCCUCAGCAUCCACAGGUCACACCACCUCUCUUCCUGUCACUGACACGUCUUCAGCAUCCGCAGGUCACCCCACCCCUCUUCCUGUCACCAGCGCUUCCUCAGCAUCCACAGGUCACACCACCUCUCUUCCUGUCACUGACACGUCUUCAGCAUCCGCAGGUCACCCCACCCCUCUUUCUGUCACCAGCGCUUCCUCAGCAUCCACAGGUCACACCACCCCUCUUUCUGUCACCAGCGCUUCCUCAGCAUCCACAGGUCACGCCACCUCUCUUCCUGUCACUGACACUUCCUCAGCAUCCACAGGUCACACCACCCCUCUUCCUGUCACUGACACUUCCUCAGCAUCCACAGGUCACACCACCCCUCUUCCUGUCACCAGCACUUCCUCAGCAUCCACAGGUCACACCACACCUCUUCCUGUCACUGACACGCCUUCAGCAUCCACAGGUCACACCCCCCCUCUUCCUGUCACUGACACGUCUUCAGCAUCCACAGGUCACGCCACCCCUCUUCCUGUCACUGACACUUCCUCAGCAUCCACAGGUCACACCACCCCUCUUCCUGUCACCAGCGCUUCCUCAGCAUCCGCAGGUCACGCCACCCCUCUUCCUGUCACUGACGCUUCCUCAGCAUCCACAGGUCACACCACCCCUCUUCCUGUCACUGACGCUUCCUCAGCAUCCGCAGGUCACGCCACCCCUCUUCCUGUCAGUGACACGUCUUCAGCAUCCACAGGUCACGCCACCUCUCUUCCUGUCACUGACACGUCCUCAGCAUCCACAGGUCACACCACCCCUCUUCCUGUCACUGACACUUCCUCAGCAUCCACAGGUCACACCACCCCUCUUCCUGUCACCAGCACUUCCUCAGCAUCCACAGGUCACACCACACCUCUUCCUGUCACUGACACGCCUUCAGCAUCCACAGGUCACACCCCCCCUCUUCCUGUCACUGACACGUCUUCAGCAUCCACAGGUCACACCACCCCUCUUCCUGUCACCAGCGCUUCCUCAGCAUCCGCAGGUCACGCCACCCCUCUUCCUGUCACUGACGCUUCCUCAGCAUCCACAGGUCACACCACCCCUCUUCCUGUCACUGACGCUUCCUCAGCAUCCGCAGGUCACGCCACCCCUCUUCCUGUCAGUGACACGUCUUCAGCAUCCACAGGUCACGCCACCUCUCUUCCUGUCACUGACACGUCCUCAGCAUCCACAGGUCACACCACACCUCUUGCUGUCUCUGACGCUUCUUCAGCAUCUACAGGUCAUGCCACCCCUCUUCCUGUCACCAGCGCUUCCUCCGCAUCCACAGGUGACACCACCCCUCUUCCUGUCACCAGCACUUCCUCAGCAUCCACAGGUCACACCACACCUCUUCCUGUCACUGACACUUCUUCAGCAUCCACAGGUCACACCACACCUCUUCCUGUCAGUGACACGUCUUCAGCAUCCACAGGUCACACCACCUCUCUUCCUGUCACUGACACUUCUUCAGCAUCCACAGGUCACGCCACCCCUCUUCCUGUCACCAGCGCUACUUCAGCAUCCACAGGUCAUGCCACCCCUCUUCCUGUCACUGACGCUUCCUCAGCAUCCACAGGUCACACCACCUCUCUUCCUGUCACCAGCAUUUCCUCGGCAUCCACAGGUCACCCCACUCCUCUUCCUGUCACUGACACUUCUUCAGCAUCCACAGGUCACACCGCCUCUCUUCCUGUCACCAGCACUUCCUCAGCAUCUACAGGUCACAGCACCGCUCUUCCUGUCACCAGCGCUACCUCAGCAUCCACAGGUCACACCACCUUUCUUCCUGUCACUGACACGUCCUCAGCAUCCGCAGGUCACACCACCCCUCUUCCUGUCACUGAUGCUUCCUCAGCAUCCACAGGUCACACCACCCCUCUUCCUGUCACCAGCGCUUCCUCAGCAUCCACAGGUCACACCCCCCCUCUUCCUGUCACUGACACGUCCUCAGCAUCCACAGGUCACACCACCUCUCUUCCUGUCACUGACACUUCCUCAGCAUCCACAGGUCACGCCACCCCUCUUCCUGUCAGUGACGCUUCCUCAGCAUCCACAGGUCACACCACCCCUCUUCCUGUCAGUGACACGUCUUCAGCAUCCACAGGUCACGCCACCUCUCUUCCUGUCACUGACACGUCCUCAGCAUCCACAGGUCACACCACCCUUCUUCCUGUCACUGACAUGUCCUCAGCAUCUACAGGUCACACCACCCCUCUUCCUGUCACUGACACUUCCUCAGCAUCCACGGGUCACACCACCUCUCUUCCUGUCACCAGCGCUUCCUCAGCCUCCACAGGUCACACCACACCUCUUCCUGUCACUGACGCUUCCUCAGCAUCCACAGGUCACGCCACCCCUCUUCCUGUCACUGACACGUCCUCAGCAUCCACAGGUCACACCACCUCUCUUCCUGUCACUGACGCUUCCUCAAUAUCCACAGGUCACAUCACCCCUCUUCCUGUCACCAGCACUUCCUCAGCAUCCACAGGUCACACCACACCUCUUCCUGUCAGUGACACGUCUUCAGCAUCCACAGGUCACACCACCCCUCUUCCUGUCACUGACACUUCCUCAGCAUCCACCGGUCACACCACCCCUCUUCCUGUCACUGACACUUCCUCAGCAUCCACCGGUCACACCACCCCUCUUCCUGUCAGUGACACUUCCUCAGCAUCCACAGGUCACACCACUUCUCUUCGUGUCGCUGACACUUCCUCAGCAUCCACAGGUCACACCACCCCUCUUCCUGUCACUGACACUUCUUCAGCAUCCACAGGUCACGCCACCCCUCUUCCUGUCACCAGCGCUACCUCAGCAUCCACAGGUCAUGCCACCCCUCUUCCUGUCACUGACACUUCUUCAGCAUCCACAGGUCACACGACCUCUCUUCCUGUCACCAGCACUUCCUCAGCAUCCACAGGUCACACCACCGCUCUUCCUGUCACCAGCGCUACCUCAGCAUCCACAGGUCACACCACCUUUCUUCCUGUCACUGACACGUCCUCAGCAUCCGCAGGUCACGCCACCCCUCUUCCUGUCAGUGACGCUUCCUCGGCAUCCACAGGUCACACCACCCCUCUUCCUGUCACCAGCACUUCCUCAGCAUCCACAGGUCACACCACCCCUCUUCCUGUCACUGACAGGUCCUCAGCAUCCACAGGUCACACCACCUCUCUUCCUGUCACUGACACUUCUUCAGCAUCCACUGGUCACCCCACCCCUCUUCCUGUCACCAGCGCUUCCUCAGCAUCCACAGGUCACACCACCCCUCUUCCUGUCACCAGCGCUUCCUCAGCAUCCACAGGUCACACCACCUCUCUUCCUGUCACCAGCGCUUCCUCGGCAUCCACAGGUCACACCACCUCUCUUCCUGUCACUGACACUUCUUCAGCAUCCACAGGUCACGCCACCCCUUUUCCUGUCACCAGCGCUUCCUCAGCAUCCACAGGUCACACCACCUCUCUUCCUGUCACCAGCGCUUCCUCAGCAUCCGCAGGUCACACCACCCCUCUUCCUGUCACUGACACUUCUUCAGCAUCCACAGGUCACCCCACCCCUCUUCCUGUCACCAGCGCUUCCUCAGCAUCCACAGGUGACACCACCCCUCUUCCUGUCACUGACACUUCCUCAGCAUCCACAGGUCACGCCACCCCUCUUCCUGUCACCGGCGCUUCCUCAGCAUCCACAGGUCACACCGCCUCUCUUCCUGUCACUUACACUUCCUCAGCAUCCACAGGUCACCCCACCCCUCUUCCUGUCAGCAGCACUUCCUCAGCAUCCACAGGUGACACCACCCCUCUUCCUGUCACCAGCACUUCCUCAGCAUCCACAGGUCACACCAGUUCUCUUCCUGUCACUGACACGUCCUCAGCAUCCACAGGUCACACUACCCCUCUUCCUGUCAGAAGCACUUCCUCAGCAUCUGCAGCAUCCUUGGGCUCCCCUCUGAAGAAGGAAACAUCAGGGAUGACAACACCGUCACUGAAGACAGAUGGUGGGGGACGCACAGCCACAUCCCCACCCCCCACAACCUCCCAGACCAUCAUUUCCACCGCUCCCAGCACUGCCACGCACACCCGCUCCACAGCCGCCCCCGUCCCCAUCCCGCCUGAGAAAGGAGUUUCCCUCUUCCCCUACGGGGCAGGCACCGGGGACCUGGAGUUCGUCAGGAGGACUGUGGACUUCACCUCCCCGCUCUUCAAGCCAGCGACUGGCUUCCCCCUCGGCUCCUCUCUCCGUGAUUCCCUCUACUUCACAGACAACGGCCAGAUCAUCUUCCCAGAGUCAGACUACCAGAUUUUCUCCUACCCCAACCCACUGCGAACAGGCUUCACAGGCUGGGACCCUGUGGCCCUGGUGGCUCCAUUCUGGGACGAUGCUGACUUCUCCACUGGUCGGGGGACCACAUUUUAUCAGGAAUACGAGACGCUCUAUGGUGAACACAGCCUGCUAGUCCAGGAGGCCGAGUCUUGGAUUAGAAAGAUCACAAACAACAGGGGCUACAAGGCCAGGUGGACCCUAAAGGUCACGUGGGUCAAUGCUCACGCCUAUCCUGCCCAGUGGACCCUCGGGAGCAACACCUACCAAGCCAUCCUCUCCACGGAUGGGAGCAGGUCCUAUGCCCUGUUUCUCUACCAGAGCGGUGGAAUGCAGUGGGACGUGGCCCAGCGCUCAGGCAACCUGGUGCUCAUGGGCUUCUCCAGUGGAGAUGGCUAUUUCGAAAACAGCCCACUGAUGUCCCAGCCAGCGUGGGAGAAGUAUCGCCCUGAUAGAUUCCUGAAUUCCAACUCAGGCCUCCGAGGGCUGCAGUUCUACAGGCUACACCUGGAAGAAAGGCCCAACUACCGUCUCGAGUGCUUGCAGUGGCUGAAGAGCCAGCCUCGGUGGCCCAGCUGGGGCUGGAACCAGGUCUCCUGCCCUUGUUCCUGGCAGCAGGGACAAUGGGACUUACGAUUCCAACCCGUCAGCAUAGGUGACACCUCCUUCCCGCCCCCCAUAAGCCCACCCACCACCCUCUCUGCUCAUGCCCUCAGCCUCUCCCCAGAAACAGCCCCUGCUUGUUCCCGCCCCGCUCCUGGCAGCCCCGGCCUGGGCCUGAGUGGGACUGGACUUGUUUCAGGACGCCGGGGCCUCGGCAGCAGGCAGCUGUGCAGCUUCACGUCCUGGCGAGGAGGCGUGUGCUGCAGCUACGGGCCCUGGGGAGAGUUUCGUGAAGGCUGGCACGUGCAGCGUCCUUGGCAGUUGGCCCAGGAACUGGAGCCGCAGAGCUGGUGCUGCCGCUGGAAUGACAAGCCCUACCUCUGUGCCCUGUACCAGGAGAAGCGGCCCCGCGUGGGCUGUGCUACAUACAGGCCCCCACGGCCUGCCUGGAUGUUCGGGGACCCCCACAUUACCACCUUGGAUGGUGUCAAUUACACCUUCAAUGGGCUGGGGGACUUCCUGCUGGUGGGGGCCCAGGACGGGAACUCUUCCUUCCUGCUGCAGGGCCGCACCGCCCAGACUGGCUCAGCCCAGGCCACCAACUUCAUCGCCUUUGCGGCUCGGUACCGCUCCAGCAGCCUGGGCCCCGUCACGGUCCAAUGGCUCCUUGAGCCUCACGACACAAUUCAUGUCCUGCUGGAUAACCAGACUGUGACAUUUAAGCCUGGCCAUGAAGACGGCAGAGGCCAGGAGACGUUCAACGCCACCGGAGUCUUCCUGAGCCGCAACGGCUCUGUGGUCUCGGCCAGCUUCGACGGCUGGGCCACCGUCUCGGUGACCGCGCUCUCCAACAUCCUCCACGCCUCCGCCAGCCUCCCGCCCGAGUACCAGAACCGCACGGAGGGGCUCCUGGGGCUCUGGAAUAACAAUCCGGAGGACGACUUCAGGAUGCCCAAUGGCUCCACCAUUCCCCCAGGGAGCCCCGAGGAGAUGCUUUUCCACUAUGGAAUGACCUGGCAGAUCAAUGGCACAGGCCUCCUUGGCAAGAGGAAUGACCAGCUGCCUUCCAACUUCACCCCUGUUUUCUACUCACAACUGCAAAAAAACAGCUCCUGGGCUGAAGCUUUGAUCUCCAACUGUGACGGAGACAGCUCAUGCAUCUAUGACACUCUGGCCCUGCGCAACGCAAGCAUCGGACUUCACACGAGGGCAGUCAGUAAAACCUACGAGCAGGUGAAUGCCACCCUCAAUCAGUACCCACCCUCCAUCAAUGGUAGUCGUGUGGUUGAAGCCUACAAGGGGCAGAUCACGCUGAUUCAGUACACCAGCAAUGCAGAGGAUGCCACCUUCACGCUCAGAGACAACUGUACCGACUUUAAGCUCUUUGAGAAUGGGACGUUGCUGUGGACACCCAAGUCGCUGGAGCCAUUCACUCUGGAGAUUCUAGCAAGACGUGCCAAGAUUGGCUUGGCAUCUGCACUCCAGCCCAGGACCGUGGUCUGCCAUUGCAGUGCAGAGAGCCAGUGUUUGUACAACCAGACCAGCAGGGUGGGCAACUCCUCCCUGGAGGUGGCUGGCUGCAAGUGUGACGGGGGCACCUUCGGCCGUUACUGCGAGCGCUCCGAGGAUGCCUGUGAGGAGCCGUGCUUCCCGAGUGUCCGCUGCGUUCCUGGGAAAGGCUGCGAGGCCUGCCCUCCAAACCUGACUGGGGAUGGGCGGCACUGUGCCGCUCUGGGGAGCUCUUUCCUGUGUCGGAACCAGUCCUGCCCUGUGAAUUACUGCUACAAUCAAGGCCACUGCUACAUCUCCCAGACUCUGGGCUGCCAGCCCACGUGCAUCUGUCCCCCGGCCUUCACCGACAGCCUCUGCUUCCUGGCUGGGAACAACUUCAGUCCAACUGUCAACCUAGAACUUCCCUUAAGAGUCAUCCAGCUCUUGCUCAGUGAAGAGGAAAAUGCCUCCAUGGCAGAGGUCAACGCCUCGGUGGCAUACAGACUGGGAACCCUGGACAUGCGGGCCUUUCUCCGCAACAGCCAAGUGAAACAAAUCGAUUCCCCAGCACCGGCCUCGGGAAGCCCCAUUCAACACUGGAUGGUCAUCUCAGAGUUCCAGUACCGCCCUCGGGGCCCCGUCAUCGACUUCCUGAACAACCAGCUGCUGGCCGCGGUGGUGGAGGCGUUCUUAUACCACGUUCCACGGAGGAGUGAGAAGCCCAGGAAUGACGUGGUCUUCCAGCCCAUCUCCAGGGAAGACGUGCGCGACGUGUCAGCCCUGAACGUGAGCACGCUGAAGGCUUACUUCAAAUGCGAUGGCUACAAGGGCUACGACCUGGUCUACAGCCCCCAGAGUGGCUUCACCUGCGUGUCCCCGUGCAGUAGGGGCUACUGUGACCAUGGAGGCCAGUGCCAGCACCUGCCCAGUGGGCCCCGCUGCAGCUGUGUGUCCUUCUCCAUCUACACGGCCUGGGGCGAACACUGUGAGCACCUGAGCAUGAAACUCGACGCGUUCUUCGGCAUCUUCUUUGGGGCCCUAGGCGGCCUCUUGCUGCUGGCGGUUGGGACGUUCGUGGUCCUGCGCUUCUGGGGUUGCUCCAGGGCCAGGUUCUCCUAUUUCCUGGACUUAGCUGAGGCCUUGCCUUGAAGGGGCAGCUGUGGCCUAGGCUACCUCAAGACCCACCUCAUCCUCACCGCACACUUAAGGCGCCAUUGCUUUUGGGAGACUGGAAAAGGGAAGGUGACUGCAGGCUGUCAGGAUUCUUCAAGGAGAAUGAAUACUGGGAAUCAAGACAAGACCCAUAGGCACAGGUGCACAGGGGGAGGCCAUAAAGAUCAAACAUGCAUGGAUGGGUCCUCACGCAGACACACCCACAGAAGGACACUAGCCUGUGCACGCGUGCGUGCAUACACACACACACACACACACACACACAAAAGAGUUCAUAAUGCGGUGAUGGCCCUAAGUUAAGCAAAAUGCUUCUGCACACAAAACUCUGGUUUACUUCAAAUUAAACUCUAUUUAAAGUC